AUGUCCGACUCAACAGCAGAUCAGCAACAAGUUGAAGAUCAAGAUCAACAAGAGCAACAAAGACUCUAAUAAGAAUAGGAAGAAGAGAAAUUAAGAUUAUAGAAAGAGCAGGAAGAAGAGGCUGAACGUAAAAGAUAAUAAGAGGAAUAAGAAGCUCAUUAAAAAGAAUAAGAAAGACUAAGGCGGGAGCAUGAGGAAGCUGAGGAAUUAAAACGUCGUCAGCAUGAGGAAGAACAGGAACGCCUUAGAUAAGAGUAGGAGAAAAGAAGAAUAGCUGAGGAGUAAGAAGCUGAACUCAAGAGAUAAGAGGCUAAGAAAGAAAGACUUAGACUUGAAGCUGAGGCUGCUGAAAAAAAGAGACUCGAGGAAGAGGCUGAAAAAAAGCGUAAAGAGGAAGAAGAAGCUGAAAGAUUGAGAUAAGAAGAGGAGGAUAGAAAAAAGAAAGCAGCUGAGGAGGAGAGAUUAAGAUUGGAAGAAGAAGAAAGAUAGAGACAGGCUGCUGAACUAGAGAGAUAGAGAUUAGAGGCUGAAGAGGCUGAAAGAAAACGCAAGGAGGAGGAAGAGAGAAUUAAGAGAGAAUAAGAGGAAUUGAGAAUAAAACAAGAAGAGGAAGAAAAAGAGAGAUUGAGGUUAGAAGAGGUAGAAAGAAAGAGAAAGGAAGAAGAAGAACGUAUUAGAUUACAGCAUGAGGCUGAAGAAGCUGAACGUAAGAGGAAAGAGGAGGAAGCUGAGUAACAAAGAUUGGAGGAAUUGAAAAGAAAAGAAGAAGAGAGAUUAAGAAAAGAAAAAGAAGCCGAAGAAGAAAGAUAAAGGUAGGAAGCUGAAAGAUUAAGAUUGGAAGAGGAAGAGAGAUAACGUAAAGCAGCAGAAGAAGAGAGAUUGAGAUAAGAAGCCGAGACUAAGCGCUUAGCUGAUGAAGAAGCUGAGAGAAAACGUUUAGCUCAUGAAGCUGAAUUAAAGAGAUAAGCAGAGGAGGCUGAAAAAUAAAGAUUAGCUGCAGAUGAAGCAGAAAGAUAAAGACUAGCAGCUGAAGAGGCUGAAAGGUAAAGACUGGCUGCUGAAGAAGCAGAAAGAUAAAGAUUAGCCUUCGAAGAAGCUGAAAGAUAGAGAUUAGCUGCUUAGGAAGCUGAAAGGUAAAGAUAAGAAGAGGAGAGAGCUAGAUAAGAAAGAGAGAGAUAAGCAGAACUCGAAAGACAGAGGAUUGCUGCUUAGGAAGAAUAGCUAAGAUUAGAAAGAGAAAGAGAAUAAGAACUGUAAAGAUAAAGAGAUGAGUAAGAAAAACAAAGAUAACAAAGAGAUGAAGAAGAGAGAAGAUAGAGAGAACUAGAAGAGCAAAGAUAAUAAGCUGAAGUAGAGAAGCAUCAUAAUUAUCAUGAAGAUCAAGUCGAACAACAGUAAGAGGCUAAUGGUCAUCAUCAUAAUAUACAAGAUCCAGAUACUUCAUCUAAACAUCUCUUGCAUGAAGAAUCAAAGAAAUCUCCAGCCAAGGAGAUGCCCAUCUCAGUUGAAGGUGAAGAUCUAAAGGCAUCACUUCUAUAGAAUGACUAAAACUAAACAAAUGGCAAGUAUUAACUCGAUGAUGGAUUGAACAUUGAAAAGAGAAAUAUGCCACCUCAGCCAGCUGAAAGCUUGAAAAAUAUGUAAUCUAAGACUCUUACCAAUCUGAAUGAGUUAAAGGACAAAAAGGGUCAACAAAGUAAAUCGAAGAAGAAUGCUAAGGAAGCUAAUGAUACCUGCAACUGCAACAUUUUCUGA